GAUUUAUUACGUCUCUAUGGAAACAUAUUUGUUUAUCUUUGUUUUAUUUAUUUUUUUCGGAUUUUCCAAUAGUUUUUGUAGAUUGAUAACAGAUACCUUUUAGUAAGAAUUUAUUUAGAUUUAGGAUAUAAAAUAUAAUUUUUAAACGUUUUUUUUUUCUUCCCAUUAUCAAUGUUAAAUCCAAUUACAUCUCGCGCAUAUUCCGAGAAUGAAUGGCACGAAGCGAAUUACAAACUGCUGAAGAAAUCUGAUUUUGUUAGAGACGAAUGGAAGAGAGCAUGCGAAGAAGCAAGAUAUGUGCUAAGGGAGAGAGAAAUGUUAACACAAUCGUCACAAGAAACAGUGACUGGAUUAAUACAAGAGAGAGCAAGAGAGAUCUUUCGAUGGAAGAGAGAAUUUCAAAGGACUAUCGACGAUUUAAUUUCAGUAACUAAGAUUGUUCAUAACCAUAAGAAACAAAUAGAGAAUGCCAUAAAUGCAAUUGAUUUAUCAUUAAUGAUUAACAGUGAAUGCCUCGCUCUAAGAAGACAAAGAGUUGGAUUGGAUUUAGCGGAUGAUUCUGUCCAAUCUUAUCUCUUACAAGAAGAAGAAUUGUUAACAUACGUUAAAGUAUUUCUCUUGAAGAGCAUUCCUAAAGUUGAAGAUCAAAUUAAAAUUAAUAAUAAUUUUAAAGCAAAGUUGGAGGAGGAUUGGACAGAUAAAUGGGAAGCUUAUAAGAUUGAUAGUUUCUGUGUUCAUUUAGAUUAUCACUUUAAUGAAUCUGUACCAUUUCAUUACGGAUGGGAAGAACUGCCAGAAAGAUGGAACACAGUUAAUUCGUGGUUGGAAUCAAUUAAAGAGAGUUUAAUGCAAUGUUCAAACGAAAUUACGAUAUCGAAUUCUCUAUGCAAGGCUGUGGAAAGUUUAUUAAAAGAUUCUUCGAGUGAUGUUCAAGAUCAUCGAUUUCUUGUUGAUUUAGCAUUAAAUGGAAGAAUUGUAGAUUUGAAUAGAAGUAUUUAUCAAUUAAAGGAGCAUCUAAAAAUACUGGUAGAAGAUAUGUCAAUAGCCGAGAAAACAAUAGAAAAACUGACAUAUUCACUAAAAGAAAAGCAACAACCUUUGAAAAUAGCACAGACAAGAUUGCAUUAUCGAUUUCAAAGGCCAAAUAAAGAAUUAAUUCAAGAUCCCGCCCAGGACAGUUUGAUUAAAGAAAUUCAAGAGAUUGAAGAAAGUAUGAGCAUUUUGAAGAAACAAAUUGAGAAUUCCGAAACCAUUUUCAUGAAAUUGAUAGAAGUUAGAAAAAUAAUGGAAAAACAUUUAAUUCAUAAAGAACACGCUCUGUGUAUCGAUAAAGAUAGAGUUGUUCCUGUUCGAAAAAAAUUCCCUUCACAGUAUAAAUUAAUGGGAUACGAAUGAUUAUAUGCCAUAUUAAUUACGCCUCAAUAUAAUUUGAGGGUCCGGAUUCGAUUCUCAUAGAUAGAUUGUCCUAUUCUGCCUUUUAUGGUAUCUUUCUAAUGAAUUUAUCUACAAAAAUGGUUCGAAUAAUUUAUAAUUAUUCUAAAUAUUCAAAUUUUAUGUAUAAUCAAUUGUAAAAUUUUAUAGGUUUUUGUAGAAAAACAAAGUUUUAAUAAA